AUGGCAAGCGUACCAGACAGUACAACAUACGAUGAAGCCCGGAACGGCGCCGCCGCGUAUCUUCAAUCGAGACUUUCGGCCAAGGAUCAUGUCACCGAUGAGAACUUUGAGAUACCCAUCAUUGAUCUGACUCCCUCAUUUUCUGUCUCUCUUGAAAGCCGUAAAGCAGUCGCUGCCCAAAUUCGACAAACGUGUGAAACCGUUGGGUUCUUCUACAUCACAAAUCACCAGAUCCCCGAAGCAGCCUGUAAUGGAAUCUUGCGCCAAGCCGAACGCUUUGUGCAUGAGCUCCCACAGAGUAAGAAGGAAGAGCUACAUCUGAAGAACAACAAGUUCGGCCUGGGGUGGGAGCCAAGUGAAUACACGUCGAUCGCGGGUGACAAAGAAGAGAAAGAGGUGUUCAACUUCGCGUAUGAGGCGGCGCUCGAUCCUACUGGUGGCGAUGGAAAAUACAAAAAUCUGGACGGGUCGACAGAGAAGGCUAACUUGUGGCCGAACGAGCAGGAUUUGCCUGGGUUCUACCAGGGCGUCAAAGAUUACUAUGGCGCUGUACUUAGUCUCGCCCGUCAUUUGUUCCGGCUGUUUGCACUCUCGCUCGAUCUCCCUGAAGACUACUUUGACUCUAUGACCACACACCCUGGUGGCAUCGCGCGACUCCUCUACUACCCACCUCCUAGAAAGUCUCUUACAAAUAACCCUGUACCAACACAAGAGGAGCAGAUUGGGCUCGGUGCUCAUUCAGAUUACGAGUGCUUCACGUUGCUCCUCACUUCCGAGACUCCAGGUCUCGAAGUUUUGAAGCCUUCCGGUCAAUGGCAUAUUGCUUCGCGGGUUCCUGGUGCCCUAAUUGUAAACGUCGCUGACUUUCUGAUGCGCUGGACAAAUGGGCUCUAUAAGAGUACGGUGCAUCGUGUCGUGAACAGGAGCAUGGAGGCGAGGUAUUCUGUGCCUUUUUUCUUCAGUUGCAACUAUGAUACAGUAAUUGAGACGUUGCCAACAUGCCUAAAAGAGGGUGAGGAAAAUCGAUGGAAACCGGUCAGGGCCGGACAGUACAUUCUGGAAAGGUUGAAUGCUACGACGGAAUAUGGUGCAGGCUUCCAACAGAAUGAAGGGAAGUAA